AUGAUGGCAGCGGGACAGCCGCUGGUGCCUCACACAGCUGGGGAGGAUGGAAGUGGUCACAUCCACCUCAAGCUUGGCGACCCUGCAGAUACUGCUUCUGCCCACCUGGAAAUAAUCAACCAGGAUGGGUGGUUGGGGUUCCGGUCAGCCGUGGCAAAUGGCAGGCUCCUGCAAGUCCGCCGCAAGGGUUCCUCUCGCAUGGUGUUCUUCAGUGGCAACUUUGGCAUCUGGGAACAGUGGGAGCUGGUGGAGGGAGGCAUCUCUGAGCCCUGGAGCUGUCAGCGCCUGAGCUUCAGAAGCAGGAAUCUUCCCCAGUUCAUCUUGACCGCGGAUGUGCAGCGGAUUGGCAUUCAGACCAUGAGUGCUGUCAUGGCCCCAACAAUGCCAUCAGCAGAGAGUGAUCUGUCAGAGCCUGCUGAGCUGCAGAAGAUCAACCACCUCAUGAUCACAGAGUGGAAGCAGUUUGUGGCAAGAGAGAAGAAGAUACGGGCUCGCAUCGAGGGCAAGGUGAACAAAAUGGCGGAUGAGAAGACACAGCUGGAGUCAUGGACACGCACACAGGUGCAAACCAUCCGGCAGGCCAUGCGCAAUGACAUGACCCAGCUGGCCACCAUUGCUCAGCAGCAGUCCGCACAGGCAGCGGAGGCGGACACCCGGCUCACCAAGUCCAUCCGCUGGGGGGUCCGAGUGCUGCAGCGCUUUGAGGACGCCAACAGCAUGCGCACUGUAUUCUCCUCUUGGCGGAAGGUCGCGCGGCACCAGCGGCACUGCGCGGCGAACGUGGUCCGCCAGCACGCGCGCUCCAACGAGCGCCGCUGCCGCGCCGCGCUGGCCGUCUGGGCGCAGCACAUUGCGCACAGCCGCGCCAUGCGCGACCGCCUCUGCGCCGCUGUGCACCGCCUCGCGCUGCUCAGGCUCGGCGCCGCCUUUGGCUCCUGGGCGCAAAUCGCUGAGGCCCGGCGGCUGCAACGCUCACACCUGGACGGCCUGCUGCAGCGGGGGCAGGCACUGCGAGCCAUGUCCAAAGCCACGUCUGCUUGGCGUGACGCUGUGCACCAGUCAAGGGAGAGGGAUGCGAUUGCUGGGGACCUAUUUGCGCGGCGGCGGCAGGAUGACAUGGCGGCCGUGCUGCAUGGCUGGGCAGGAGCCGCGGCGGAGGGCAAGCGGCUCCGCGGGCUGCUGACAAAGGCGCUGCACAGGGCCGUCGACCGGCGAUGCUUCGCAGCAUUACAGGGGUGGCAGGAAGUGACUCUGCAGUCCAGGCGCAGGCGAUGGGCGCUCAGGAAGGCUCUGGAGAGGAUGGCCUGCAAGCGAACACAGGCAGCCUUUGACGCCUGGCGCAGCCGAGCCGAGCUGACAUCGCACUGCAGGCUGCUGGGCCAACAGAGGAACGCGCGAUCGGCCAGAGCACUCUUGAGCAGCAGCUUUUGGGCGUGGCAGGAUCUGGCAGAGGAUCACAAGCAUCAGGUUGCUAUCUGCCAAGAACGGCAGCGUGAGCGUGUCAAGUCGGGUGCAUUGGCAGCGUGGUGCCGGGCUGUGGAGCACCAGAAGCAGAGGGCAGCUCUGCACUGGCUAGGGAGGGUGGAACAGAGGCAUCGCUUGGGCCGGCUGAUGGCGCGCUGCGUGGCUCACCGCAGCCGCGCUCUGCUCGCGGCGACCCUCUCCGGCUGGCAGCGUGUCGCGGACGGCCGCCGGGCCUUCCGGGAGCGGCUGACUGCCAUGGGGAAGCGCGCCGAUGCUGAGCUGGCGCACAGAGCCUUCACAGGCUGGCUCGACGCCCAUGCCGCUCAACAGCAGCAGCAGGACGCCAUCUGCCGGUCAGUCACGCUGCUGUCGCAGCGCCACCUGGCGGCCGCCUUCCUCGGCUGGAGGGAACGCGCGAGCAAGGCGGGGGCCCUGCGGCGCCAGCUGCAGCGCCUCGUGCACCGCCUGGCCGUCAUGCGCGCGAGCGCUGCCCUCCUGGCCUGGCAGCAGGCUGUGCAGGAGCGCACGGCCCUGCAAUCUCGCCUGAAGCAGGCUGUCGGGCGCAUGGCGGCUUCACAGGCAGCGGCUGUCAUGCAUGCGUGGCGCUGCAGGGCGGCACAUGCACGCGCUGUGCGGCGCAGGUCGCAUCGCCUGCAGGCGGCUGUGCGAUCCAGGAGGAUGGCGCAUGCGUUGCGGCAGUGGCGCGCACGUGCCGAGGACAUGGGUCAUGCAUGCGCUCUGGCAGAAGAGGCUGCCCUCCGGUGCACCAGCAGACAGGCAAAGGCCAUUCUGAGGGAUUGGCGGCAAGUUGCUGCAGUCAAGAAGGGGCUGCAUGCACAGUCUGCGCAUGUUCAGCGGCGUCUCAUGUCCCUGCGCGCGUCACAGGUGUUUGGUGCUUGGGCCACGCAUGCUGAUGCCAGGCGCACCAGCAGGACCCUCGCCCAGGAGAUGCAUGCCUGCACACAGCAGAAGUCGUUGGCCAGAGUGCUGCAUGCAUGGUGCGCGCAUGCAGAUGACCUCAGCUGGCGCAGAUCAGCAGCACUGCAGCAGGGACAGGCCGUCUCCAAGCGCCUCAGUGAACAGAAUCAGCUGAUGUGCUUUGAGGCAUGGGUGGAGGCCAUGGAGCGCCGCAAGGUUGGCAGAAUGCGUCUGAGUGCCCUCGCAGCGGAGCUGACACUUUCCAUGACUGCCGCCCGCCCCUCUGGGCAUGCUCCUGUCACAACUCACUCUGCCGCUCUGCUUCUAUCCACAUUUGCCUCCUGGCGUGAGUAUGGACAGGAGCAGCGCAGGCACAGGGUGAUCCUGGCGCGGUGCCUGGACAAGGUGGUGGCUCGACUGCAGUGGAACGCGCUGCAGACGUGGCGCGCCGCCACCGAGGCCGCGCGCGUGCAAGCCGUCACCCUGGCCCGCCACCGCGCGCGCUGCGACCUCGCCUGCCAACGCGCCGCCUUCGCCAAGUGGCGGGCGGUGUACGAGGAGCAGCGGGACAUCUAUGCGAGGCUCAAGGCAUGCAUCACGCGCCAGCGCAUCUCCUUCCGCCUCUUCAAGCAGUGGUACUGGGAGUCCUUCGACGAGGACGUGCAGAACACUCUGCGGCACCUGUACGCGACGACAGAGGACUCCAUGAACAGCCCGCUGCCCCCGUCGCCCUCAGCCUACUCUCCGUUCCUGGGGCAGCCCAACUGGGCAGCCCUCAACACGCCCAGCAACCUGCAGCCGCGUCUGUCCGGCUCCCUGGACAUGGCGGCCCUCGGCAACCCCCUCAGCAGCCUGCGCCGCUCCAUCGAGCGCCGCCACAGUGACCGAGAGGCCCGCCGCAGCAGCCCGGCACCCGGCGGCUUCAUCGGGCUGGCUCUCGCGCAGUACGCCAGGGACGCCGGCAGCAACAGCAGCACCUCGUCAACGCUGUCCUCUGCAGCCGAGCCCCCAGAAUCAGACGCUGCCGGCAUGUCGCAGGACGAGGCCGCUGCUGAGGAGGGCACCGGCGCUGCUGUCAGCGACUCGGAGCCUGCGCCUAUUGCGGACGUCGACCACAUGUCAGAGCUCCUAGACGGCGCUGACAGCUUGCCAGAGGAGGCCCUCAGCAUGGAGGAGGCGGCAGGCCAGCAGUCUGACAGGGAACUCGAGAGGGCAGAGGCAGAGGGCUCCAUCAGCUUCGCAAAUGCGUUCGGUCGCGCAGACGCAAACAAUGCUUUUGCAGACGACGCCAGCUGGGGCCAGGACGAGGGCUCUGUCUCGUUCGGCACCAAGCCGGCAUGCGCUGCCACACCCGCCGACACGCCGCCCUUCUGCCCGCCGCCAAGCGCUGCUCUCCAGCAGGGCAGCAGUUCUCCACAGGCGGGAGACAUGGCGCCCACGCCCGGCCCCAGCAGCACCGGCUCCGUAGGGGCCGGCUCUCGCGGAAGCUUCCUGGUAGCUGCUGCGCAGGGUACGCCGUCCUCCACCCGGCACACCUUCGGCCCGGCGGAGGCCAUCCGCAGCAUCAGCCUCCUGCCUGGGACAACCCAGCCGCGGCCGGCCGACCAGGGCUCUGUCAGGCCUGUUCCCGGAAGGGUCAGCUUCAGGCAGGCUCACGGACUAAUGAACCAGGAGGCCCCUCCCUCCGACACAGCUGUGGGACCAUCCGGCAGCCAGCGAGCUGAGGGCACGCACAGCGCCGAGGUGCCGCUCCCGCCGCAGGAGUGGGCCGCUGAAGAGGAUGGGGACGUCGUGAUCUUCGAUGGAUUCUCGAUCGUGGCCGACGGCAGCCCCGCCCUCAGCGCAGGCCUGCAGCACAUCUUCGACGAAGCGCUCGCCCAGGUGGACUCUGCAGGCAGCUCUCCUGCGCUCAGCAGCCUUGAUGACGAAGCGCAGACACUCUUGGGCGCACCCAACAGCAAGAAAUUGGGCGCAGCAGACCAUGGAUAUGAGAGCGAGCAGAAUGCUGGAGAUGAGGCAGGGAGCACAGCGUCGCCGGCCAGCUCGCCUUCCCUGUCCUGCUACUCGGAGCUGUCCUCCCCCGGCCGCGCCGACAGCGCGCCGGAGCAGCCUGCGGCCGGCAGCCCGCGCCUGAUCGUGCUGGACAACCCACUCAGCGUCUCAGCGCUGCCCGGCGACGACGACAGCGCGGAAGGACCAGGCGAGGCCGAGAGCGCGCCUGCGCCGGUGGCGGCGGCCUCCCCGGAGGCGCUGCUGAUGCAGAUGGCCAACCCGCGGCGUUCCCUGCAGAGCGCGCUGGCGCUGGCCGCCUCUCUGGGCGCCGGCAUUCUGGGCGCCGACCCGCUCAGCCCCUACGACCGCGCCGCACCGGACCAGGGCCACUUCGUGUUCAGCCCCGCGGCAGGCGUUCCCGGUGCCAUGGACUCUACAACAUUCUUCAAUCCAUCCUUUUCUGGGAUGGAGGGUGAUGCCAGAGAUGCCGAAGGAGAAGCUUGA